CUUCGGCGACGGUAUAAUUCGCUGCCGGUUUAUUCUCCAUGAAUCAGUAUACACGGCACAAGGCCUAAUAUUUAGAUAGCACACAAACAUUUACUUGUAGUUUUCUAAUAAAGGUCCUGAAAUCAUAGCCAUAACACAACACCUCGUUCUGGGCGUCAAAAAGAAGAAGGUAGCACGAAGAAGUGUGUCCCGGGGGCCGACCGUGAGCAUGCCGGGACAGACCUUAUUGUUCCUUGACAGAAUCAGACUGGUGCUAAACCUUCUAGCUAGUCAAUAUAGGUGCCGAGAACUUGAAGCAUGAACUUAAUGAAGAGUCUCUUUCGCUACAGAACUGCGAAGGUGCUGAAGAGUGGGGUGUUGAGUGAGUACAACAGAAGUUAUGCAGUGGCAUCACCACCUCACCUUGAGCCAGGGGUAUUCAAACCACAAAAGGUUCUCAUCCUUACAAAGCUGUCCAGAUAUGAGUUUGAGAGGCGACGCCAUCCAGAACUUACUGAGAAGCAACUUGAAAAAUGUCUAAGAUUAAGAGGAUCAGAUUACAACCUCCUGCUCUAUCACCAUUACAUACACAAGGGAGUUGAAAAUACAGUGAAUAGUGUCUUCACUGCUGCUGGUAUUGAGACAAGAGUGGUCUAUCGCUUUGACUACACUGACCCCAACAUUGAGUGGGCUGAUGCCAUUGUGACCACUGGAGGUGAUGGGACAUUCCUACUUGCAGCUUCCAGAAUCUUGGACAGAAACAAACCUCUCAUUGGAUUUAAUUCAGAUCCAACCAGAUCAAAAGGACAGCUAUGCCUACCUCAGAAAUAUUCUGUUGAAGUCCAAGAAGCAGUUGACAAACUGUUAAAGGGGAAAUUCCGCUGGACAUUUCGAAGGAGGAUUCGAGUCACAUUAAUUGGAGAUGAUAUCUUCAAGCCACCUGUUGAACUUCACAACCAGCAAUUGCAGUAUCAUGAGUACAGAUACCUUGACAUGGAACCUCAGUUGCGAAAUGUGCAGAAGGAAAUGCCCCCCUGCAGUGAAACGGGAAUGGCCCGCAGAGUUCUUCCAGUCCUAGCUUUAAAUGAGGUAUUUAUAGGAGAGUGUGUAUCUGCCAGAGUUUCCUAUCUUGAACUAAAUAUAGACGACAUGAAAAGCAUCAAGCAGAAGUGUUCAGGACUCAUUGCUAGCACAGGAACUGGAUCAACCUCUUGGACAUAUAAUGUAAACAAACUCACAGAACAAAAUAUGGAAGAGAUAUUAACAAUUGUAAAAGAGGAAACUGGCUUCAAGAUCAGAGAUACUGAUGAAAAAUUUGUUCGGAAAAUUACAGAAACAUUCAACCAAAUGCUGAUUACCAGCCCAGAGGCACCCAGAAUGGUAUACACUAUUCGAGAUCAGCUAGUGUCUUCACCUUUGCGUGGUGAGUGCAUUAAACCUCGAGGAGUAGCCAAAGCAAUACGCAUUAGGUCUCGCUGCUUUGAUGCAUCACUUGUAAUUGAUGGUGGGCUAUCCUUUACCUUCAACGAUGGAACAAGAGCAUUACUAGAAAUUCAUGAUGAAGACGCUCUUAGAACUGUGACUCUUCAUGGAGAUGUAACAGAGGUAGUAUUCAAACAUUAGCACCAGCAAAAGAAAUGUGAACUAUAGACUGAAUUUAUAAUGGACAUUUUGACGUUUCAGUUUUGCAAAUAAUUAUCUGUGCCGAGAUGUUCUUAGGCAAUGAUUUACACCACUUUUACCUCAUGAUAGUAACUCCAUUUAGUAACUGUUGUGCCCUCUACAUCCAUUGUAUCUCGAGUGUUUUACACUACAAUAAUUUUCCAAGGUAUUAGUUACACUGUGAUUAUGUUGAUCUGUGAAUCACAUUUACAUGAAAUACAUUUUUCCUUUCU